AUGCAGGGUGAUGUGCUGGCGAAACAGCGUGCACCGCUGUUCACCACUCCGUCCCCUGCCGGUCCCGACACCGCAGUGGAGAAUAUGCUACCGGAAAUCCUUGCAUUUUGCCUCGCAAAGUAUCCCGACAACACAGAUACAGCAAUGACGAACGCAGAAAGUUUGUUACAGAAAUACAGGGGCCAAGAGAAGGAUCUGGUGUCCAUACUCCACGCAAAGUACGGGCAGCCGCCGGCCGCGACGUGGGAAAGGGCGCGCGGACUCGUGGACACGCGUUAUGGCUCGAUAUCACGGCGAGCGCGCACGGACGCGCCGCUGCCGUUUCUGCACGCCGCCACUGUCACCGCCACCACCACCACCGCCGACGACCCCAUCGUCGCGCGCAUGCAGCGGCACCGCGAGCUCGAGGAUGCGACGUGGCNCCAGGUGUACGCUGCGGCGAAGGCCCGACUCGACUUGCUUAGGGAGACACAGCGGCGCGUGGCAAUGCAGGAGGUGGAGUUGGCGCGCUAUAGCGCUGAGCUCGCACAGCGGGCACGCGAGCUGCAGGAGGAGGAGCGGGCGCAAGGCGCUGCCAAGGAGGAGCUGGCGGCAACAGUGACGCGCUUGCAGCUGACAUUAAUGCGGCUGCGCAGCGCUUUACAGGACAGCGAUGGGAGCGUGGAGAGACUUAGCGACAUUGAAUACCAGCGGCACCUUGCCAUUGUGCAGGUGCAGGAGGAGGAGGACCUCAUUCAGGUGUACAGGCGUGUGUUGCUCCAGCACGCCACACUAUACCCGCUGAGCCCGCUGUGCGCGGAAGUGCAGCGCGUCGAUGCGGAGCUGUGGCAGUUGAUGAACGAGCCGCCAAUGUGA